ACGAUGGCCGACGAUGGCUCGAUGAAGUUGUUCGAUAUUGCCGAGAAUAAGAGCACACCGAAACGAGUGAUAAACGCGGCGCAUAGCGAUCGUAUCAGGUGCGGAUGUGCUUCGAAAUUCAGCAGUCAUUUAUUCGUGAGUGGUUCGUAUGAUCAUUCAGCAAAAGUGUGGGAUAUUCGUGCAGAUGAAGAGGAACGCGAUGCAGAAGAUGAUGAGCAAGAUGUGAAGCCAUUGGUGAGUGUGGAACACGAUGCACCGAUUGAGGCGGUGGUGUUGUUGAAUGGAGACGCGAUACUGGCAACUGCAGGCGGUGUGGCGAUCAAGAUUUGGGAUAUUGCAUCGGGGGGACGAUUCUUGCUGGCGUUGAAACACCAUCACAAAACGAUCACAUCGAUGUGCUUGGCAUCGAAGGGCAGUCGGUUAAUAUCGGGAGGAUUGGACAAAAAGAUUAACAUUUAUCAUACGGAUACUCCUGAUUAUGCACUCAUUCAUUCGAUCUCAUUGGCCGCACCGGUGUAUGCGGUGGCCGUGUCGGAUGAUGACCAAAGUAUGGCUGUUGGAAUGGCGAAUCUAUUGGCGAUAUUCAGAAGAGACCCAGCAGGACAACAUGAGCAGACGUUGAAAGAGGCGAAAGAGACGGGCGCUGGUUUGGAGCAUUCGAAAACGAUACGUGUGGCAGCACCGGCGCCAAAAGAACGUCAACGAGGUGGAGUGACACUGGACGUUGAACUUACAGCGCCGUUGGCUCCGAAGAUUCGAUUGGGUAAAAUCGAUGUUUUGUUGCGGCAAUAUAAACACUGGAAGGUGGUCGAUGUGUUGUUCAGGAAUCGACAUUUCUGGGAGAAUAAUCCAGAUUUGGUGGUUGCUGCGUUGACCGAGGUGGGAAAUACUUUCGUGGUUGCGAUUUAG